GUUUAAGCAGCGAGCUCAGAGAGCAGACCUGAGGAAACACCUUGUUUAUCCUCCCUUUAAGGCGGGGCGGUUCCACACAGGUGCGCUGCCUCAGCACAGGUACAAAGGAUGAAGCAUCCUCCCGUUAUACAAGCGUAAAGCGGCUGUGAUGUCUCCAGGAUGGACCUGAUCAAGUACGUCGGCGGCUGUGUGCCUUUGUUUUUCAUCGCCCUCGUGUUUGACGUCGUCGGUCUGAUUGUGCUCUUCGUCGGGAUCUUCGCCAACCUGCGCAUCGACGGCCGCUUUUACGGCGACUUCUUGAUCUACACGGGCUCCCUGAUCAUCUUCUUCAGCCUGGGCUGCUGGCUCAUGUGGUACGUGGGGAACGUCCAGGUGUCCGAGCACGACGGCUCGAAGAAGAGGAACAGCGUGGUCGUGCUGCUGGCCAGGAAAUUAUCCGAGAGGCUGAGCCAGAAGCUGAAAGGCGAGGAACGCGUGAAAUGCGUCGAGGACGACGACCUCAGCCGGGUGGGAUCACCUCCACGCAAGGCCAGCAGGGUGACAUGGGGCAAAUCCACCGCCUACCACAACAAAGGGUACGAUGACUCCCUGGACUCCCCCACCGAGGAGAAGAAAGUGGAGAAAAACCUAGAAGAGAAACUCUGAACUAACACCACUGUACUGAACGGUUACCUUCAUACUGAAACACUCACCUUGUUCCUGCUUUGAUGAGCUGAGACCUGUGACUGUCUCAGCCACAGCUUCGUUUCUGUUUCUGCUAAGAAAAAAAAAAACGGUGCAGAAACGCUUCAGCGCAGCACUCCGACUUUAUUUUACAGGUCUGUCAUUUCCUAAUAAUUCCCAGUGAAGGUUCCUGGAAAGGACUUGGUGCUGUUAACAGUGCACAGCAGGUCAGCUGAGCAGGUGAAAAUGUGGAACUGGUCCACAGGCCAAAAAAAAUGAAGAGUUAAGUUUCCAUUAAAAAGAGAAUAAGGAAUAAAUAUUUACUUGGUUUAAAAUGGUGAAGUUCUCUUGAGGAAAUUCCUUUUAGUUAGCACCAAGUUCCUUGACGACUUAUUAGGAAAUUAUUUAGACAUUUUUAGUAAAUCAUGGACCUGUAAAAUAACUAAUUACCAUCUUUUCAUUAUUUUAUUAAUUUAGCAGUUAAGUUAUAUUUUAUGUGUAUUUUAUUUCAAACAUCAUAUUCUACAUGUUGUUUUUAAAGUUUUCUCCACGCUGCCGGGUAAAGCUUGAUUAUCAGCCACAUUACCAAAGCCCCAUAGGAUCCUAAAAAGCAUGUAUUCCCCCUAAAAUACAGAAUAUUUGAUCUGACUGUGGCUCUGAACCCAGUCGCCUUCUUAGAAAGGGUAUUUUGUCCAACCGAGAAGGACAAAUAUACCCGUCUGAACAGUCCUCCAUCAUUUCAGUUUAAUCUUUUUCAUUUUCCACAAAUGCUUUGUCACAUCUUUCAAAUGCAUUUAACAUAUUUUCUUCAAGUUGUAGCUGCCAGCAGACAGAGUAAAGACGAGCUCUGUUUGCCCUCAGAUCUGCCGUCAAACACACACCCUGGUCGGACUGGUUUGUCUCAGAUGUGUGGUGUUGGUUAAACAAACCUGAAAAUCCUCAACAGGGGAUCAUAUGUGACCUGGGAACCUGGUCAUGUGACCCGGUUCUGCCGCUACUAUUUUGGGAAUAGUAGCUCAGAUUUGAAUUAGAAUAAUGGCAUAGCUUAUGCAAAUGUCAGCUCUGCCACAGUUCGGUUUAUAACGAGGUCUAAAAUUUCCUCUCACACACAGCGAGUGAGUGUUAGCAUGACUGGCAGCACAGCGCACUUUCAUCAAACCCGUGACAGCGUUACAGUAAAUACAACACAAUUCGUCUCUGUUGUGUACACCUGCUGUAACAUGACGCAGGACAGAAAGUCAAAGCCACAGAGCAGAGACAAAUGGUGGCAGUUUGACAGGUCAAACAAGGUGCUCACAGAGAAGUUUCCAUUACGUGCACUUCCUCUUUGUGACAGUCGCCUCACAAUAAGUGUCAUUAUUGUAGCAGUGCAUGAACCAUGGAUUAUUAAAUAUUUAGGCAAGGCUUGAAUGCAGUGUUUCCACCCUGUGGAGCUGCUCCCAAGCUAAAUAUAAAGGGUAAAUAUACUUCCUGGGGUAAAUCUUUGAACUCGGUGGGAGUGAAGUCAAGAGGAGGCUUUGAGCAAUCUGAUAAAAGAUGCAACACACUGGUGCAGAGGCUGCAUCACUUUGGUUUCAUUAGCUGAACAAAAAGAUCUGGGGGGGUGGGCAAUUAAUUAUAGCAGGCUUAUCACUGUGCAAACACGAGCUCAAAGGCGGCUGAUUAUGAAAUAUAUGUGCAUAAAUCUGUCACGCAGGUUACAGACAAUGGGUUGAUUUGUCAGAUUAAUGACAUGAAAAGUGCAAAACAAGUCAGCCCUGCUAAGGAAUGAAGAUGGACUGUGGGAUGUUCAGCUGAUGUUAAUGAGCAGCAUAACCUGUUGUUGUGGCUUCCAGUAAGUCCUGUUCUAUGGGAGAAAUGUAAGGUGUGCUGCUAGUGAAAAAGAAUGAACCAGAAGACAGGAGAGCACUUUGAGACUUGCUCUGACUCCUGUCAGACCUCCAGACAACAUCCACUUGUCCGUCUCACCUGGCCCAGCUAUGGAACAGGGGAGGUGCACCGUCCUCUUCCUGUCGCUGGCUGUCAUUUUGGACAUCAUCGGCUUCAUCCUCUUCUUCGUGGGGAUCUUUGCACCGUUGAGUUUCUGGGACUUUUUCGUGCUGUCUGGACCUCUGCUGAUCUUCCUCAGCCUGGUCCUCUGGAUAUUCUGGUACAUGGGGAGCCUCACUGUGUCUGAGGAGGACCUCAACCUGCCCAAACAAGACAUCCUGUGAAUACAGUAUGAGGGAAGCUGGACUCAACUGCCUAAGAGACUGGACUCGUUCAAACCAGCCACAUGGUGAUGAUGAAAAGGGAACUGGCAGGUGGGACUGAAGCAGAAGCUUCAUCAAAAGAUCAUGAAUUUGUGAGCCUCUGAACCCCUUGAGGUUUUGCCUCACUGAAGGAUAUGGGAUAAAUUCAAAUCCAAGCACAACCUGGACCACAUUUGAAUAAUCCUACAAGAUAAAACACUCCAUUCCAGCCUUGACUUCAGGGUAAAAACAGCUUGUCAUGUUGUGUAUGGACAGCAGUGAUUCCUGGACUUUGUCGGAGUGGAAAAUGUAUUUUUCAGCACUUACAGUCGAAGGAGGAAGCUUUUAAAAAAAACUGCACCAUGAUGAAAUUUUUUUUCUUAUUUAUGUCAUUACUGUCAUCUGUGUACAUUAUGAGUUGAUAUUUAUAUUUCACCAUGUCUCUGCGUGUUCAUAUAAGAUGGAUAAGCCAGUGACAUUAGUAACUAAACAUGCUUAAAAAUGA